UCGCGAAAUGACGUAAAACGUAAAACAGCGGGCUCGUUUGAAAGGAAGAAAGCGUCUCGGUAGUUAUUGACAACGGUCACUGGCAAAGUUUGUGUUUGUGUUCGCGGAAGUGAAAACAAGAUGGAAUAAAUAAGGUUGUCGGUUCCACAUCCUCGGUGCGACGCGUCGUGACGUUGACCGGGACGUGACGCUGGAAGCUGCCGACAGACGAGAAGCGGAACAUACGAGUGUUUGUUUGUUAGCAUCGUUAGCUCCUGCUGCGCUAACGUUGGAGCUGCUGGUUAGAGACUCAUUAAAACAGUCCAACGAUGUCUUCCAACGACGACGACUCCCGUGCCCUGGUUCUGGAGGAGCAAGUGAAGAGUUUAUCAGAGGAGUUGAAGCAAUGUCAGGCAGACAAGGAGUUUGUGUGGUCCCUAUGGAAACGCCUGCAAGUGGCAAAUCCAGACUUGACCCAGGCUGUCAGUAUGGUGGUUGAGCGUGAGAAACACAAAGCUGAGAUUAAGGACAGGAAAGUGUUGGAGAUCUUCCAGAUCAAAGACUACAAGAUACAGGAGCUGGAGCAGAAAGCGGCAGGGCAGCAGCAAGAGAUCAACAACUUGGUGCAGCGGAGGACAACAGUGAAUGAGGACAGUGCCUCAUUGAAGAAGGAGCUGACAGCUCUGCGUGAACAACUAGUUGAUAAGGAUCAGGAACUUAAGGAAAUGAAGAUGGAGAGUAGGAGGAAGGAGGAGGAGGAGCGGCAGGUGGUGAAGGCUCUAGAGGAGGAGAAAGAGGGAUUAACUUCCCGCUGUGCCGCCCUACAAGCUGACCUGGAGGAGAAAGAGAGGCAGGCCGACACCCAACAAGACAACAGGGAUGCUGCCCAGGCCAGAGUCAAGGAGCUGGAGGUGGAGCUACAUAAUACCUGGAAGGAGUUGUCUAGCUUUCAGAGCCACGGUACCAGUCUAGCAGACCAAGUUUCUACCAAAGAGAGGGAGGUGGCAGUGAAAGAAGAGCAACUCAUUCAACUUCGUCGUGAGUUUGCAGAAGUGCAGACUCUGUACAGACAGAGCACGAAGCAUGCAGCAGAGCAGAGCCAUCUGAUCAAGCAACUGGAAGGACUCAACCUCGACACACAGAGAGUCCUGAGGAACCAAGAAGAGGCACACACUGCUGACACCACGUCCUACCAGAGGCUGUACAAGGAGUUGAGUCAAUGCUACCAGGCCCUCGUGUCUAGUGAGGCCAAGCUUCGUCAGAGUCACCAGGAGCUCGGCAGCCAGCUGGCUCAUAAAGACCAACACAUCCUGCAACUCCAGGCCCAGCUUCAACAACAGGAGCAGGAGCAAAUACUACUGCAGCAGCAACAACAGCAGCUACAGGCUCAGCAGACAAUAACUAACUCCUCAACCAACAGACAAACCAACUUUAAGGCAGUGGUGUCAGAGCAGUCUCAUGCUGUAGCUCAGAGACGUAGCCCCUCUGACCAGAGCUUCAACCGUGGUGCAGAUUCCAGGCCAGAGGACAAGACCCUACAACGCAGAUCCACCAGCUCUGUAAGAAGACAUCAGGGUACACCUGUGCAGCGGUCCAGGUCUCUGUCCCCAGCCAGCAGUGUGGACUUGGUUAGUGGGAGGAGGGGAAGAGCAGAACAGAGGAUUCAAGACCUUGAGGAGCUUCUGCAACUGAAGAUGGAGGAGAAUGAAGAGCUGAGGAGGGCUCAUGAUAAACGACGAGAACGUCUGUGUCUGAUUCAAGCCAACUACAAGAGCAUCAGAGACCAGCUGAAAGAGAUGGAGAAAUCCCAUGGCUUGCCCGGUGGAAGGGUGCAGCGUGCAGAACCGUGGCAGCUAAGACAAGAGAACAGUGAUGCAGUGUGGAAUGAACUGACCUACCUAAAAAACCUCACCAGGAAACUGUCCACUGAAAAAGCCGGCUUGGAAGAGCAGAUGGACAUGUUACGAGUCCAGGCAGCUAUGGACCGGGCCACAGUGAAGGAGCUCCACCUGUGUCUUGCCAAUGAACACCAAGAAUUGCUUCACAAAGUGGUAGAGGAACACCAGGUCAAAAGCAGCACUCCGAAAAAGCCUUCUGUUUCUUCAGAACGACUGGAACAGUCAUUUAAAAAGAUCGAGCAGCUGGAGUGGAAGAUGAAGUCCCUGGACAAGGAGACAGAGAGGCUGAGGGAAGAGAAAGAACAGUUACUUGAGGCCAACAAAGACUUGGCCCUCAACUGCCACAAAUUCCAAGCCUCCCUGGAUCACCUGCGAACCCAGGAAGGUGUUCGUGAAGAGGCAGCCCAGGCCCAGGCCCUGGCCCAGGGGGAGCAGCACUGCAACAAGAUCAUGGCUGUAGAAGCCCGGCUGGCUGCAUCUCAGAAAGAGGCGACCAAGCUUCGACAUCAGUUGCUGAAGCUGAGACAGGAGCUGGGGAUUCUCAGAGCAGCCAGGGACUUCUAUAGGAACCAUGCAGCAGGGCCAGUGCGGGCAGGUGGGAUCGCUAGCAACAUUAGCAGCAAGGUUAAAUUCAAAACAACUAGGCUCAGAGGUCCACCACACCAGCGCAGCCACCGAGCAGUCAGCCCCAAUCAAGCCAUCAGCUGGCAAGGCCGCAGCCCCAGUCCCACUAAGGACGAGUGGGAGGACAUGAGCGUAGAUAGUGACAGCGGUGAGGAGUACUUGGACAGUCUCGACAGUGUGCCCUCAGGGAAAGCACCUCGCAGACAACAUGCAAACCGAAAGUCCUACAGGUGUUCACUGAUCUCAAAAGCACCAGAAGCUGAUUCUCACAGAAAACAACGCAAUGUUCCUGCCCAAGACGAUAAACAGCAUGAGCCCUGGGAACGAGGGACGAGAGGAGAGAAAAGGAGGUGGAGGAGGAAGAGGAUGCUGAGGACCCAGUGCUGCUCCUCCUCUGCUCUGCAGCAGCGCGUAGAGUCCCUACAGCGUCACAUUGACAUACUGCAAGGUGCCAGGAAAGAUGCUGUGCUUUCAGCCAAAGAGCUGCGGAGGGCCAAUGAGAAGAUCAUGGCACAGCUCAACUCCCUCACUGAGAAACUCUGCAGCAGAAAGCAGCUCACACAGAAGCUGACCUCUGACCUGGCCGGUGUGGAGCAGCAGAAAAAGGUUCUGGAGAUGGAGCUGGAGCAGUGGAGGCUGAUCGCAUUCCCACAGCAAACCCCACCACCUCCACCAGCACCUGUAAACACAGAGUGCUCCUGCCAGGGCAGAACCAUACCCUCCCCAGCUAACCCAGCCCCCCAGGCACUGGAGGCUGAAGUGAAACAACUUCAAGCUAAACUUAAGAGUGCAAGUGCGGAGGUCACAAGGCAGGUGUCAGCUAACAAAGCCCUGCGAGGCCAACUCCAGGAGAAGGAGGACAAGCUCCGCCAGCUGCAGGACAAGGCGAGCCACACCGAGCGAGACGUGAACAUGAAAAGGCAGCUGGUGGAGGACCUGAAGACGAGACUGAAGUUCCUGCAGGAGAUGGAGAAAAGUUACAGAGGACAAGUGGAGGAGCUGGAGAAAAAGGUGAAAACUUUGUCAGAAGAGGCCACUAACAGGAAGGCCCUCAUUGAAUCUCUAAAGAGAAGAUUGACUGUUGCAACUACAGAGAAAAACCAGCAUGAGGCCACCGGCACAAAACUAAAAGAGGAGUUGGAAAAAAAGGAGCAGCGCAUACAUGCCCUACAGGCUCGCUUAGGAGCCAGUGAGCAGACUUUGGCUGCAUUGGAACAGACGGCCGCUGAGCAAAUGGAAGGGUUGACCCAAAAGAGUUCCCAUGCUUUGGACAGGCUUCAGAGACAGCUAGGCUUAGUCUACUCUCAGCUGGAACAGCUUCAUUCUUUCAUCAAGGCCCUGGCCAGUGAAAUACUUUUAGACGUUCAAGAGGUCAAGCAGCAGUUGAUGAAGAGGAGGAGGUUGAGGCAGGCCAACACUGUGGCAGUGAAAGGCGGCCUCUCAGCCAAGUCUAUGAUCAAAGCCAAAUCCAUCGCUGCCUCCAUUCUCAAUAUGUCAGAGAAUGAUCUCGCGGACAUAAUGGACACUGAUCAGGGAACAGAGGCUCGUUCAGAGAGUCCAACAGACCGGGAGUGGCUCGACCAACUAAACCACAUCCUGCAGCAAAAGAUCCCCUCUGCCGGCCAGCUAAUAGAGGCUGUGCGUGUGAAGAUGAAGGAGAGGAAAGUGCUGACAGAAGAGCUGGCCACGCUCGCAACACCAGUCAGCGAAAAAGCCUGACUCCCUGGGCUGAGGCUGGGAAAACUGUCAUCCUCUUCUUUUUCUGCCCUCCCUUCUUCUCUCCCUCACUGGUUCCUACUCAGUGGGAGGUGGGCUGAGCCAAGCUGAGCCGGGGCAGCAGAACCAAUAUUUGUGAGAAAAGCGCUGUCGACUCACUCUGGGCCACUGGCGCAACACAGCAGCCCGGCUUUUGUAAAUGAGCCCUCGACAUCUGUGUUAGCCCUCAAUGCACUACGUCUAUCAGACAUGGCCCUUUAGCACCAAGCUAAUUUACAGAGCAGCCACUCUCCCCCACUCUCAGCACAGACCUGGGGUGAUAAGGCAAAUGCUUACUCUAAUGUUUAAGUGAGACUUUUUUUUACCCUCUUUUACCUCUUCCCCUAAUUUAUUUGGCAACUCAAGGACCUAAGGGUGCAGGGACUUGACCUAGCAAUGCCAAGUCGACACUUUGAGAAAGUCGAGUGCAGCACAGAGCAGAAUUUUCACUGUAAGAGGUUACGUCCAUUUAUCAGACCUGAUUGCUCUGCUCUCAGAGACCCCAUCAGUGAUUGGAGCUCACUAUUUAUUUCUGAUGCUAAUUAACUUUGCUUGAUAUUGUAUGAACUGUUAUCUUUUCUGUGAUGAAGUAUCAAGGCCACUUGAAGGGAGAACAAAAACGAUGUCAAGAGAAACAAUCGUCGCUUUGCGCAAAAAAGGGAAAAAAGUUACAAUAUUAAAAGAAUAAAUUUGUAAUUUUAAGGAAAUAAAAAUGGAAAUAAAAAAUCACUUACAGUCGACCACUAGCAAACAUUUCAUUCUCCACAAAACAGGCAGUUAUCUGUGGUUCUUUCCUCAGAAUAGACACAGUUUUUGUUUAGUCCUGAUAUUAAUGGUAAUGUAAUAUCACAACUUUGUUUCUCGUAAUAUUCUGACUGGUUUUUGUAAAUUACUGAAUUCCAUAAAUCUCAGACAUUUUUUUUUCCUUUAAGUGGUGCUAAUAUUCCAUUUCUAAUCUGUAUUUGUUCUACUGAUAAUGUAAUUGUGAAUUGUGCCAAUCAUUUUCUUAACAAAAAUAUCUGGAUUUUCA